AUGCACCUUAUGUUCGAGGACCCAACGUUCUCCUCAUCCCUGCUCUGGGGCAAGACCACAUGGGCGGACUUGAAUCCUGUCUGUUUCCCUCCUAGGUCCCGUGGCAGUGCUGGUGGCCAUGGUUCCCGUAGCCAGAAGGAGCUGCCCACAGAGCCCCCCUACACAGCAUAUGUAGGAAAUCUACCUUUUAAUACAGUUCAGGGUGACAUAGAUGCUAUCUUUAAGGAUCUCAGCAUAAGGAGUGUACGGCUAGUCAGAGACAAAGACACAGACAAAUUUAAAGGAUUCUGUUAUGUAGAAUUUGACGAGGUGGAUUCCCUUAAGGAAGCCUUGACAUACGAUGGUGCACUGUUGGGUGAUCGGUCACUUCGUGUGGACAUUGCAGAAGGCAGAAAACAAGAUAAAGGUGGCUUUGGAUUCAGGAAAGGUGGACCAGAUGACAGAGGAAUGGGUGGCUCUCGAGAAUCUAGAGGUGGAUGGGAUUCCCGGGAUGACUUCAAUUCCGGCUUCAGAGAUGACUUCUUAGGAGGCAGAGGAGGGAGUCGCCCAGGUGACCGGCGAACAGGUCCCCCAAUGGGGAGUCGUUUCAGAGAUGGCCCUCCCCUUCGAGGGUCCAGCAUGGAUUUCAGAGAACCAACAGAAGAGGAAAGAGCACAGAGACCACGGCUCCAGCUUAAACCUCGCACAGUUGCAACGCCCCUCAAUCAAGUAGCCAAUCCCAACUCUGCGAUCUUCGGGGGAGCCAGGCCCAGAGAGGAAGUCGUCCACAAGGAGCAAGAAUGAGCUGCGGUUGGGAGGGAAUGGGGUGCAGGGGGACAUAGAGCAAGACCAUAGCUGACUGGGCCCCUGGACCAGCAGCCCUGCAGUCACCACUCCUGCGCCUGAUCUCUGUCCUCCUCUCUCACAGCGGAAACACAGAGCUUGUGAGUGCAUGUCAGCAGUUAACAAGUGGUUUUUGGUACAUUCUCGGCUUUGCUGUAUCUCUGUAGUGCCUGUUUUCUGCUUUUUUUUCUGCCGCUCCUUCCCCAUUUUCCUUCUGUCCUUUUUCCUUCUUGCUCCUUGUCUCCUUCCAACACAUGAGCUUCUCUAGCGUGAUGAAGGCAGCCACCAUGUGGGAGUUAUUUGGAUUGAGGUGCUGCUUCACUUUCUCCUUUGCUUUCUCUUUUUACUUUAGACACACUGGCCAGCUCUAGUCAUUUCCUUUGGUUUCUCAGUGCUUCUCCCCUGACCUGCAUGUUGAGUUCUGUAUUGCUGUGUCUUCCAAGAAAGAAACAAAAGAAGUCGCAGACUGGAGAGCGUCUCAUUUCUACUCAGCUGUGAUCAACACACACAAUUUGAGGCACCUUGUUUUCAAAACAAGGAUAAAAUAUCUGUUGAUCCUCACAAAUUCCUCCCUGUCCCUAUUUAUAGGUAGUCCUGUGUCUGUUACCCGAUCCCUACAUGGGUUAUUCAAGCAGAAUAGGCUCCCAUUUUAAACU